AUUUUCUUAAUGUUUCACAGAGAUGUGUAUAAGCGUGAGAUAAUGUAACAGUUAUGAUACUUGUCAGCUAAUCUUUUAAUUCGAUUUAAAGCGGAUUUAAACGAGAAAAAAAACCCGCUUGGAUUAAAUUUGAUUUAAAACUAAGAUCUAGUUUGAAAAAAUGUUAUAGCAAUGGCUUUCAGACAGUUGCUUGCUGUGUUGGUAGAUCUCAGCGGAACAAUACAUAUUGAUGACACUGAAGUUAGUGGAUCUGUCCAAGCUGUUAAUAGGCUUAAAAAUAGUCAACUGAAAGUGAAAUUUGUCACAAAUACGACUAAAGAAUCAAAGAGGCUUUUGCUGGAAAGACUGACAAAAAUUGGCUUUAGCAUAAACAGUGAAGAAAUAUUUACUUCACUUACUGCAGCAAGGAAGCUGAUUGACACAAAGGGGUUAUCUCCCCUGAUGUUACUAGAUGACAGAGCUCUGGAAGAAUUUAAGGAAGUACCUCAGGAAAAGUUUGACUCUGUUUUGGUUGGUCUUGCACCAGACAAGUUUAACUAUAGUAACAUGAAUGAAGCAUUCAGACUUGUGCUUGACGGUGCUCCACUCAUAGCUAUACAUAAAGCAAGAUACUACAAGACCAAAGAAGGGCUUGCCUUAGGUCCAGGUCCAUUUGUUUCAGCACUAGAAUAUUCUACAGGCAGGCAGGCAGAAAUAGUGGGUAAACCAGAGUCAUCUUUCUUCCUGUCAGCUGUUGAGGAUCUGGGAGUCCAGCCUGAACACUGUGUUAUGAUUGGUGAUGAUGCACGAGAUGAUAUUGUGGGUGCCAUGGCUUCUGGAAUGAAAGGAAUACUGGUGAAAACAGGAAAAUAUAGAGAUGGUGAUGAAAUGUACCUGCCAGAAAAUGGAAUAACAGUGAAUAGCUUCAGCGAGGCAGUGGACAUAGUUCUUAAUGACCAAAGUCAUGAUAAAACAUGAUUUGAAAGGACCAAAUUUAUGAUAAAACGCGAUUCUAACAGACAAAGAGGGGAUAAAUCAUGACACUGAAAGACCAAUGAGAGGAUAAAAAUGUAGCCAUUUGUUCUCUCCCUUUCACUACUUGUGAAAAGUUUAGGAAUAUUGCUGUGCAUUUGUUGUUCUGUCAGAUCAAUGACUGGAGAACCAUUUGCUUUAAAAUCAUCAUAUUUUAUGAAUGAUUGUGUAUGGUAAAUGAAGGAAUCAUAUGUUAAGUCAAAGGGUUUACUGUAGUCAGUAUAUGAAAGGUCAAGGUCACAAUGUAUUUGAUACAAAAAAAUUGGUUCCACUGGGUUGGCCAGCAGUUGUUGAACUUGGGGUCACUAGGUCAAAGGUCAAGUUCAAAGUGGCCAUGAGGUUGAAAACAGUUUCUGCACAGUGGUGUGGGAGACAUAUUGAUUUACUCCAGUCUGUGUGUGUAAGUGUGUCUGUGUGUGUGUCUGUCACAAAGCUUGUCCGCACUCUUAAGUCGAACAUUUCUCAUCCGAUUUUCACCAAACUUGAACAAAAUGUGUUUGACCAUAAGACUUCGGCCAAGUUCGAUAACUAGCCAAAUCGGUCCAGAGUUAUGGCCUUUGAAUUACCAAAAAUCGGUCUUUUUACUUUUGUCCGCACUCUAAUUUGAAUAUUUCUCAUCCAAUCUUCACCAAACUUAAACAAAAUGUGUUUGACCAUGAGCCUCGGCCAAGUUCGAUAACUAGCCAAAUCGGUCCAGGCAUUUUGGACUUACGGCCCUUGAAUUAUCAAAAAAUUGGCCUUUUUACUCAUGUCCGCACUCUUAAUCAAACAUUUCUCAUCCGAUCUUCACCAAACUUGAACAAAAUGUGUUUGACCAUGAGACCUCGGCCAAGUUCGAUAACUAGCCAAAUCGGUCCAGGCAUUUUAGAGUUACGGCCCUUGAAUUACCAAAAAAAUCCGUCUGUUUACUCUUGUCCGCUCUCUGAGUCGAACAUUUCUCAUCCGAUCUUCACCAAACUUAAACAAAAUGUGUUUGGCCAUAAGACCUUACCCAAGUUCGAUAAAUAGCCAAAUCCGCCCAGGCACUUUUGAUUUAUGGCCCUUGAAUUACUGAUUGGAUCCACUCAUCCAGACCAUCUAAUUGGAUCCACUCGUCUUAAACAUCUAGAGAAACUAACAUUUUUCAUAGGCGCAGUUGUGGGAGACAUGCGCUUUUCUCAAAAGCAUCUCUAGUUAAAGAAUGCGUUUGCCUACAUUCAUUUAAUUCAUAGGAUUGCCUGUGGUCAGUAGGUGACCCUGAUUGUUUUGAAGUCAGGAUGGUUGCUUGUAGUCAGUAGAAAAUAAUUUUUUGUUCUUGAGGUUGUUCGGUCAAAGGUCAAGGUCACGGCUUCAAAUUUACCUACCCUCUUGCCUGGUACAAGCUAUUAAUGUGACAUGUGUGUUUUACAAACUGCUCAUUAUUGUGAAGUCUGUAAUUAACAUGUCAUGGUAAAACAAAAAUGCCUUUGAUGAAUUACUGCAAAUCGCACGAGUCCAUUAGGAUUGUCCAACUGAUGAACAUUUUGAUGAAGAAAUUCCAUACUCAGAGCAAACAUUUACCUAGUGUAAUUUUCGGCAGUCAUGAAAAAAUUGUGAACUCGUAUUUAACAAAAAAGGAAGAUGUAUUGUUAACACACUUGAAAUUACAUGGAAGGAGUUUUCUUAGUUUUAAAACUACAAUAUUUUGAGCUUAAAACAAAGGGUUUUAUAUUUGGUUAUACUAGGUUUUGAGAAAAAUAGAUGCUCAGUUUAAUGACUGGCUGUCAUGCAAGACAUAUAUUUAUCAAAAAAAGCUGUUCUGUUAACUAGCAUAAUUUAGUCUAUUUAUCUGUCUAUUUUUGUGUCUAUUUAAAGUGCAGUUAUCACAAUAAAGUGAAGUAUUCACA